AUGAGCGACGAGUGGGUUGCUUUCUUUGAUUUCAAAGAACAUGAAUCUGGGAAUCUGCAGUUCGGAGGGAUGAUAGUGAGUUCUGAGACGCUGGAAUCCAUUGAAAACAUUACGUAUUAUAUUCCUAGCGAUAUCGAUGCUUUUCGGAAAGAUAGUUCCACACGUCGGCUAAAAAAACCAGUUACAUUCCUCGAAAUCUCCGAGGAGAUCUACAACAUGCUCAACGGGAAAAUUUGGAUGGGACAUGAUAUCAUCAGACGAGACAUCCCAAGGCUGAGAGCUGAAUUUAUCAAAAUCAGCAAAGAGUUUCCUGCGCCCAAAACUGUAAUUGAUACAGUUCUCUUCACGUCAUCCAACUCGAGGCUAGCCAAACUCUCGGUAUUCUGUGGUCUAGGUUGCACAAAACAAGGGAGCUGUAAGGAUUGCACCAUCAAUCUGAAUGCUAUCAAGGAAUGUGAAACCAUCAUGAAAAUAUUGAAGAAUAAGAAGAGGAAGAGGAAUGAUGAGGAUAGUUUCCAUCCCAUGCUUUCUUUACUCAUGAAAUCAGCAGAUGAAACAGUUCGUUUUAAUGAACUAAUGAGAGGUAAGAAGCAAUUCGCUUUGUCUCCAAAAUAUUAG